CUUACAUGUCCUUCGCAGAUCGAGCCGACUCCACGAUAGCCAAGUAUACUACACAUGAUCCUGAAAGGCUCUCUGUGUCGGUCGGAGAUGUCAGCGAGCUAGGUGUACGGCCAACCCGUCGACACUUCAGUAUCUUCAACAUCAUCGCCUUGAGCUUCAACAUCUGCAAUAGCUGGGUAGCCAUAGCCUCUAGUCUGGCUAUUGCAGUCUCGGCCGGAGGCACUGCUACAUUGAUCUACGGCAUUCCUCUCGCAACACUCGCUUAUGCUGCCACUGGGGCAUCUCUUGCUGAAUUGGCGUCUUGUUAUCCCACUGCUGCUGAACCUUACCAGANNUACCAUUUUGCUUCCAUACUGGCACCCAAGCGACUGUCUCGUGGGCUUUCCUAUGCUUGUGGCUCGGUUGCCAUGUUCUCUUGGAUUGCUCUUGGCGCUGCCGCAACCCUUCUUGCUGCGCAGAUGCUUCUGGCCCUGGCAGCAUUCUAUCACUCUGGUUAUGUGCCUCAAGCCUGGCAUUACUUCCUCGUUUAUCAAGCCAUCAAUGUGGUCUUCCUUCUUUAUAACCUCUUUGCUCUCGCCAAGACACCCUGGGUGCAUAACAUUGGAUUACUCCUCACUCUUGCCUCCUUUGUCGUCGUCACCGUCGCCUGCCUUGUUCGCUCCGAAAAACAGACUGCAAAAUACGUUUGGGCUACCAUGGAAAGUAACACAGGGUAUCCUGCCGGGGUCACAUUCUUGACAGGCCUCGCGACCCCCACAUUCAUGUUCGCCGGCCUCGACGCAUCUCUACACCUAGCAGAAGAAUGCACAGAGCCUGAGAAGACCGUACCGAAAGCCCUUUGUACAACGGUUACCAUUGGCUUCGUCACUGCGUUCGUCUUUACAGUUGCCAUGUGCUACGGCAUCAAAGAUCUCGACGCUUUGAUUGCGACUACGUGGGUUUUCAUCCAAUAUCGUCAUGACUUGGCUUUGGAU